AUGGACGAAGCCUUCCGAUGGCCUAUGCGCAGGCCCUCCGGUCGAUACCCGGGCAGGAGAGGUCCUGCGAGCAGAAAUGGAAAAGAAGACGAGAUACGAACAGACACCGGUCUGAUUCAUGACGACGAUCAUGCUGCUGGCUUGCCCCAAGACACGGGGACUCUGCGUUGCCAAGAGCUCGGGUCGUGCACCUGGAUUCCAGUUGCAGGCACUGCCAUUCAAUUGGGGGAGGAUUAUCUGCGCUCAACGCGGCAUAUUAAGUUUGCUGGGAGCGGCAUUAUUCACAUCUUGUCUUGGGCUUCCUCCUGGUCCAUCCUGUUUCGUCCUGCUUCGUACUGCUUCGUACUGUGGCUCCACGGCUGGACAACUCACUGCGGUAUUCUGUCGUGUAUCAUUCAAUAA